AUGAUGACAGAAGCCUUUUUGUCCACAGUACGCCCCCUCUGGGUGCGUCUUCAAGGCGGCAAGCGGCCUUUAGUAGCUGGGCAGAGUACGGAGCUGACGUGCCAAGCCGUAGGGGCUCGACCGAAGCCGACGAUCUCCUGGUGGAAAGGAGGAACCAGGCUCAAGACUAUUAGAGAAACUAGUUCUGCGGAUGGAAACGUGACCAACAGUAUUCUCACCUUCGUGCCGUCAAUAGAAGACGCUGGCAGAGUAAUAUCGUGCAGGGCUAUUCAAACAAGUCUGCCUCAUUCUACACACGAGGAUGGCUGGAAAAUGGAGAUACAACAUCUUCCGGUGGCAAAAUUGGAGCUAGGCGCCAACUUGGAUGCAAGCAAGGUGGUGGAAGGGUCAGACGUGUAUUUAGACUGCAGGGUCCGUGCAAACCCAUGGCAUAGUCAUGUUUAUUUUACGCAUAAUGGUGUCACAGUCAAACCAGGUCCUGGAGUACUUUUAGCAAACCAGAGUUUGGUUCUCCAACGGGUGUCGAGAAAAGCUGCGGGAGCCUACGUCUGCUCGGCGAGGAAUAGUUUGGGAGAAGGUUCUAGUGAGAAUCUUAUUCUGGAUGUCAAAUUUGUGCCAACAUGCAGAUCCUCGCAACCGGUAGUUGUGAGAGCAGCUAGAGGUGAAGUCAUAGACAUCGAGUGUGACCUAGAUGCUAAUCCUAGGGAGGCCAUGUCCUACAAUUGGUGGUUCAACAGCUCAGCGCAUAGCAAACAUGAACUGACUACGUCACCGAUGACGACAGUGCCUAAUAUGCCAGGUACAUACAUCUACAUGGUCAAUACUUCAUCGGACUACGGUUGGGUCCAGUGUUCUGGCACUAACUCCGUGGGGCGACAGACCAAGCCUUGUCUCUUUCAUAUUCUACCAGCAGACAAACCUUCCGCCCCAAAGUCGUGUGAGAUUACCAACGUGACUUACGACUCUCUGACACUGAACUGCACGCCGGGACAUGAUGGUGGAAUCCGACAGGCUUUCCUUCUUGAAAUAUUCGAUAUGGCUACAGGGCUCCUCCUCCGCAAUGUCAGCAAUGAUGAUCCUGAGUUCGAAGUAUCAGGAUUGUCAGCCAGCAACUCCUUGGCUGUGUCAGUGAGAGCUUUCAAUAGAAAAGGCUUCAGCGAAGCUAUGACGUUAACAUCUAGUCUGUUGAAAUACCCACAACGACAUACAGCUCAAGUUCCUGUGAAGGUGGAAUUGACCACAGUGCUCAUAAUAGUCCUGGGAGCUGUUGGUGUUAUUGCUGCUAUGACAGCUGUGUCUGCAGCUGUCUUCUGCUGCAAAUACUGCAAUAAAAGAGAUCGUAAACAUGAGAAGGACAAAAGACAACAAGAUGAGACAUCGAACAUACCUCUAACUGGAACAAAGGAAUCUGAAAGUGUGGAUAGUUUGGAUAAAAACCCAGAUAUUAUACCGCUAGACGGGAAAAUAAGCGACAACUGUUCAAAUAAAUCUUCUGCUACCGACUACAGUUCAAUACGACCUCUCAUAUCGAAGACGACAGACAAAUACGAUAUUUCUAACUGCGACCGUUUUUACGACCACAACCUAGACCCUUGCAACCAAUAUAUUCAAGUGCGGCCAAUGGAAUACAGACGGCAAUACGCCCCAACGCUUGCCCCGAUGCCGAAUUUAGGGCCGAGUAUACAGAGUUUGGGACCAAUGAGCAGCUUGCAUAUGCCGAAUGUUGGACCAAAUGAUUGUCACAGACAGCCGUACGACAAGGUGUACGAAGAUUGGUUGAAGUACAAGAACGCUUUACCGCUGAAUACGAGUGGUUUGCUACCAGCAGAACAACUUAUGCCGCCUGAAUUAUACGCAACACCGCCACCACCAUCACUCUACAGCAACCCUAACAGGAACCCUCUAAAUCUGACUCAAAUGCCCGAACUAGAGCCCAGGUACCACCUAGAACCUCGGUCUCUGGUCGCCGAUUCGAGGAGUUGCUCCAAUUCCCCACCAGUCAGAUUUAAUACGGAGAACAAUAGUGUGUACUUCAGUAAGGGUGUAAUGGAUAGAACCACUAAUACUUUACCACAUUUGAAAUCUAGAAUAAACACAAACUCGCCAACACAGCUGCAGAGCGAGACAAAGCCUUCCUGUAUGGCUAAACCUACUGACCCCAACUUAGAACAUGCGAAAGUCAGCAAAGAUUGUGACUGA